GGAAACGACUACGCAAGCGAACUACCGCGAUGACGUAGAAUGUCCCAGGAAAUAUCCUGCUGCCUCUCAAUUAGAAGCGCACAAAGUCAUUCAAGAUGGUGUUAGAAAGUAUCUCCAAGAUUAUCAAAAUACAACUUCCAGCCUACCUCAAGAAACUGCCCCUUCCAGAGACAAUCGGCGGCUUUGCGAGACUCACAGUUUCAGAGUGGUUGCGGCUCCUGCCACUAUUGGGGAUUUUGGCUCUUUUGGGUUAUCUGACCAUCCGGCCCUUCCUGCCCAAAAAGAAAAAGCAAAGAGACAGUCUAAUAAAUCUGAAGAUCCAAAAAGAAAACCCUAAAGUGGUGAACGAGAUCGACAUAGAGGACCUGAGGACUCCAAAUGUUUGCUACUGUCGCUGCUGGCGAUCUAAAACGUUUCCUGUUUGCGAUAAAUCACACAUAAAGCAUAACGAGCUGACAGGAGACAACGUUGGUCCGCUUAUUCUUAAGAAGAAGACUCUGUAGCCCUCCAGCUUCGGUCCAUAUUAAAUGCAUAGUUUUCUCCACUGAAAAACCUACUGUAAUUUAGUUAGUUGUACUUACCCAAAACUAUUCCAACUUGUUAUUGCGGUAUAGAGACGCAUAGAGCUGUAAAUUCUGACUUUAUGCUCACGAUAUUGUGGUUGAUCUGAGAGAUUAAUUAUAUUGAUUACUUUUUGUUACAUUGCUCUGGUGUGUUUACUUUUUAUACUUGGCAAAUGUAGUAGAUUUUUGUGUGCAAUAUAACUUGGCCAUAGGGGGAAAAAAAAUGGCGAUUACCAUCACCAAUCCGUCUUCGUGGCCAUGAAAGUGUCUUUUCUAUUUUUAAUCUGUAUCUAGAUUCAAUUUUAACUUGUAAGUUGCUUUUUACUAUUAGUGUUGUUUUGUCAACUUGCGUUAGACAACAUCAAAUACUAUUACCUUUUCUUAAUGUGAAGUGCAUUAUUAAGAUUUGUUUUUACAACUUUGUCAUUUUCUGCAGAAUUAUUCCUAAAAUGACAUGAGUUCUACAAUGUUUGCUAAAUUAUUACGAAGUUUUCAAGUGCAGGAUACUAAACUUCACUUGUGUUUGCAUACAUACAGACAUUUUACAUCGCAUUAGAUUGUUAUUACAAUAUUUAUCAUAAUGUAACAAAGAAAUGUGGCCUCUUUUAACUUUCCACCUGAACCAACAUGCUGCGACAAUUACAAUUCAUAAUAUGUAUGCAUUCAUUCCUAUUCAAAAUAGUUUGACAAUCCCUUGGUUCCUUCUUUUUGUGCCAUGUUUCAUAUUAGAUUGCUUUUGUUCAUAGGUGUUUCCAUAAAAAUGUCAUUUGUAUCGUAACUGGAAUGUGCCUAAUAAUGACUUUUGUAAAAUAAAAGGUAACCAAACUUCUUUUAAAUCCA